GGCUAACCCAACUUAACCCAGAGUGGUCACGUGGUUUUUAACUAAUAAGAGCCCCAUAUAAACCAUAUAAAAUAGUUUACCAGUCUUACAGAUAAUUCUAAGAGUGGUCACGUGGUUUUUAACUAAUAAGAGCCCCAUCUUACUGCGCACCAUAUUACACCAACCCUCUAUUUGAAAAUUUGUUCCAGCUUGAGUUGAGAACUAUCUAAAAUUUUCAGUCAGUCGCGCAUCAGCUAAAGAAGAAAGCAGUGGGUAGAUACGUGCUGCCUGUUAUAAGUUUUACGUAAAAAAUAACGCGCGCUGAAACUUUUUAAUUGAAUUUCAAUAUUUAAUUAUUUAAAAGUUUCUGUUUUUAAGUUAGUGAGCAGUGAUAAGACAAAAUAUAAUGUUUUUUUCAUAAUAAUUAUUACAAUUUUUUAACAAAAAUGUUGCUGAGGAUUAUUUUUUUGGGAUUUUUUACAAAAGAAAUCCUCGCCGGACAAAGGUUUGAACAGCAACCGAGCUACACCGAAGUUAAUCCAGGUCAGGACGCCUAUCUCGAGUGUAAAGUGUUUAACAAAAGGGGUUCGUGCUCUUGGCAGAAGGACAACAAGCCAAUGGGUAUGUACCCACACAAAUACGAAUGGAUAUCGUCCAAUCAGCAAAACGGCGACUGCUCUAUAUGGGUCAGAGCGGCCCAGCUAGAAUUCGACGAUGGAAGUUGGGAAUGUCAAGUCACCGCCAGCGAUUUUCACACUCAAGACGCUCUUACCAGUCAUCCGGUUCGUUUGGUUGUCAGAGUUCCUCCUCAACGACCGAGAAUAGAGUUCAACGGAACCCAGGUACUGCCCGGUCACAACCUGACGACGCUUCACGGCGAAGUUGCAGUUAUAAAAUGCGUGUCGCAUUAUGGAAACCCGCCUCCGGUAUUAAAAUGGUUUUUAGAUCAACAAGAAAUAACGCCGUCGAGACGUCAGACCAACACCACUGAGCUUGACAACACGAAAACUUGGCUGGCGGUGUCAGUUUUAGAAUUGACAAUAUCCAAAGAGAAUCAUGGCAGGAUGCUGAGUUGUGUAGCUGUGCACGAAUCGUACUCUACUAAAUCUAGCAGCAUCGAAGUCAGAUUGGAUGUAAUGUUUGUUCCAGAAACUCGUCUCGUUGGUAUCCCGACCACCGACAUAGAAGACCUAAAAGACUCGAUAGCGAUUCGAUGUGUCGUGAGCGCCAAUCCAAAAGCUUCUGUAGUAUGGAGAAGAGAAGGCCAAAGUCAACCGGCAAGCCUACAGGAGCUUUUGCAAUUCAGUCCGGCCAUCAGGCAACAUUCCGGAUUGUACACUUGCCAUGCCAGGAAUAAGGCUGGAGAUUCUGUACCGAUACGCGUCCAGAUUGAUGUCAAAUAUCGUCCCAAAGUAAUCAGUGUUGGCCGAGAACGCGUCAAAACCUCCACCUUGUUCGCCCCAGUUAACUUCGAAUGUCUAGGCGAAGGUAACCCACCUCCCACCUACCAAUGGAUUCAGAAGAAACGCUCAGGCAGCAUCGUGGAACGUGGCACUGAGGCCAAAUUGAACAUCAGAAACGUCACUUACGAGUAUCAAGGAGAAUGGAGGUGCAAAGCUACAAAUAUUAUUAAAGGCGAGGAACAAAGUGAUGUCAGUGAGCCGAUUAUACUUCAAGUAUAUGGUGCCCCGCAAGUUUUGCGACACACGGCAACGCCGGAAAUUUUCAUCGAAAGCGGACAAAGUGUAGAUCUGAGCGUGGUCGUUUGCGCUGAUCCCAGACCGAGAUCUGUGGCCUGGGAAUGGGGCUCGCUCAGAUUGGAAGCUGGCAAUGAGAUGGGAAAAUUCAAAGUAGACGAAGUAACUCAAGAAGAGGGAGAAGAUUGCUACUUAACCACACUUCACGUUAAAGAUACUUCGGCGACAGACUCGAGGACUUAUUAUUUGCUCGUGGAAAACGACAAGGGAAAAGACACGCACGCCGUUCAAUUAUACGUGAAUGAGCCGCUACAAAUGAGCACAUUGGUGAGCGUAGCUGGUGCCCUUCUAGUCGGUUUCCUAGUGCUGGUUUGCAUUUGCAUCUACGCAAUUAAAGCGGAAAAAUGUUGUUUUUCAAGAAAAGGAGACUUCAAACCGUCUGACAUUGAUGGAAAAAAUCUGGACAUUGAAAAAACAGCCCAUCAUCAGUUGACUAUCAACCAAAGUCAGCACCCAGCUUCGGUUGGUGGAAUCCCCGCCGAUGCCAUUUAUACAACGGGUCCUAGAGGCGGUACUCAUCCGGACGCCAUGAAGCCUCCCCCUUCCACCACACACACAUUCAACGGUAGAACUAGUUUCGAAGAGCGGUACCAUCAGGAAGACUUGGACAAGAGGUACCGCAGCUUCAGUAGGUACGAGCCGCCCAAACCCGACGACAAUUGGUCGUACGCUAACAAGUACAAAAGGCGCUCGUUGAAUUCGAGAAAGAACGGUACUUUUAGGCCGAAGCCGUUGCAACUCGAUAAUGAAAAGUAUUACGAUCUUGUUUUUCCUAAGCAACGUAGUACUGAUUAUCGGUACGUUUAUGAGCCGAAUGGUUUAGAUCGAGCUGAUUUAUAAUUGUAUAGUAUUAAGAUCUUUGUUAACGUAAUUAAUUGGAGCCGAUUGAAUUCUCUACAAAUGCAGUGGUGUAAGAUAGGCGGUUUCAUAGACUUCCUUCCGGUAUGAGGCAUCACAAGAGUCUGGGGAGCUGAUAGAUAGAGCUCCGAAAGAUGUCAAACGAUAUCAUAGACCGAAAAGACCACGGCCACCAAGAUUACGCAUGAAUAUACCAUAAUUUAAUUGAAAAUACAAGUUUUAAUAUGUAUUUAUUAAUGUUGUUCAUUAUCGUAUAUAAACUUGUAUCUAAAUUUUGACCCUUCAAAGGUCCUGUACUUUCUAUACAUCAAUAUCAUUAAUAUCAAUAUUACGUUUUUGAUGGAAUACAAAUUAUUAGGAAUAGUAAGUAACGGUAUAUUUUAUACAAAGAGUUCAAUGGUUAAAAAGUGAAAACAAAUACCAAAAUUAAAUAGUUAUGGUAUAGGCCUAGGUAUACUAUACUGUGAGGACAUAAAGUCCGUCUCCUCUCUCUAACUUUUGAACCGCUCGGUAUAUUGCAAGGAAAUUUGGAGCGAUGAUAUGUGAGCCAUUUUUUGAAUAACAAAUGACAGUAUUAGCUGUCAAAAUGGCAGUAACCAAAUGUUUUCAGAAUCGGGCAUUAAAUUGAGAAUAAAAAGACCUUUGAAACUAUGUAUGACUCUUAGAGCAGGUAAAGGUAAAGAGGAGUAGUAAAUUGUAUUUGAAAAAUGAAGCCAUUUUUUUCCAGGUAUUUUGGCACCAAAAUAAUGGCGGUAUAGGAAAUUCAAUGCUUUACCUGUAUUUUGGUGCCAAACACCUGCCAAAAACUUGGCUUCACAUUAGUUUCAUAAGCAGAAUGGCGCGUUCCUACUCCUUAUGUCCGUAGGACAGCGCUUUACCUGCUCUAAGGUAUGACUUGACACCGCCUUCUAUUUAAAAACACGUUUCAAAACUGCGCCCAGCUAUCAUUUUGACAGCUCAAGCUGUCAUUUGUUUUACAGAAAAUGGAGAAUUUUCUCUCAUAGCAUCAUUUCAUAUUUCGUUGCAAUAUACCGAGCAGUUCAAAAGUUGGAGGGGAGUUGACGGACUUUAUGUCCUCACUGUAUGAAUUUUUAUUAUAAUGUUAAAUUGUUGCAAACAACACUCAUUUUAGUCAUUUUUAAAUAAUAUUUUGUCCGAAAAUGAUUGAAAUAAUUACCUACCUAGUGCUGAAAAUAUCAUACAUAGUACGUUCGUAGAAAAAAAUUAACGUAAUAACUUAUCUGAAUCACAUAAUUGACGUGAAUUUAGUGAACAACUUCUCUCCUCUCGUACUGUGACACGCUGACAUUCGGGAAAGUUUGGAGCUCCGUCUGUCUGUUCCCCAGACUCCUGUAUGAGGCACCUUUAUGAUGCAAAAUCGGCUGUCUUAUACUACUAAUUCAUAACUAAAUCCAAAGUAAUACAUUUUAUCAAUAACUUGAUGACCAUUCGGAAUCUGAAGAAAUUACCCAAAAAAGAAAAACACAAAUAAGUACUUGUCAUAUAUUUUCUCUAGAAUGUUCUGGAAAACCAAAAUAUACGUUAGGGCUGGUAUUUCAAUGUUACCCUAAAAUCAAGAGUACCCUUAACGUUAAGGUAAACUUUGAAUCAGUUCAUUCAGGUGGCUUAAGAUCCACCUUGAAUUAAGGAAACAUUAAUAUACGGUGAAACUUGUAUUAGGGACGUUAUUCUGUACCUUAAAGUGACAUUGAAAUACCGGCCCUUAAUCCCUAUUAACAUGUAAUUUUAAGUUGUGUAAAGACUGAAAAAUUUUAAAAAUCUAUCGCUGUAAAUAAAAAACUGCCAGUACGACUAAUACUAAUUUUUUUGUAUAUAGACUCUACUAACUGUGUAAAGUGAGGAUCAGAAUUCUUGAUACCCUCACUUCUACACAAAAAUAAUAUUAUUUUAGGCUAAUUUACUCCAUCAUAACUAAAUUGAAAUGUUUUUUAAAUAUUAUAUUCUUCGUUAUUAAAAUUAAUAUAAUUAUUAUUAGGUAGAACGAAUUUAAACACUCUAAAAUUAAUUGUUAGACCGUAGAUUUUCUUAUAUAUGUGAUGUUACAAUAAAAUAACUUAUAUAUUGUUAUAAGCUUUAAAUGUGAAAUCCGAAUAAAUUUUAUCAAUACAUAAUACAUUCAUUUGUGUCAUAAAUUUAUAAUUGUGUAAAAAUAAUUAUUAUGUAUUUUCGAUUUUAGACGGAAUAAUAUAUAAAUGUACAAUGUAAAUUAAUUGACAGGUGCGUUUUUUUUUUUGUACUGGUUGUUGACCCCCCCAGUUACCUGUAAUUCGGUUACUUGACAGAUCUGUGUAUCAAUGACAUCUUAAUACACCGCAUCUCAUUCAUAAACUGGACUGGGACUCUAUAACAAGUAGAGAUCGUUAUCCACAUCGCUAUGGGACUUACUAGAGAGAGAAAAUAUCUCUAUUCGUUACAGAGUCCCAGCCCUGAUGUUUGUUGUAAUGACAAGACCACCUAUCAGUGUUGCCAGUUCAUAUUUUGUUUUGUCAGUAGAUUACCAGUCUAAAUAUUAGUAGAAAUCAGUAGACAGAUAAGUUGCCUUGUUAAAGGGGUAAGCUAUUAGGCUAUACUCAAUUAAUUAUUUUAACUAUGUUUUUUCAAAUUGUCUAACAAAACUACUCAUUACUCGGUUAUAACUGCACAUAUUAUGAUGUAUAAUUAUAUAUUUUGAAUCAGAAUUAAAUUAUCUUUAAGAUAGAAUAAGAUUCAAUUCUUUAUCUCAAAUACUUUUGAAGAUAUUGACGCUCAAAGUCAAAACUUUGUCUUAAAUUUCACAAAAGAUUCAAAGCUGAUUUUUCUUGAAAACGAAGCCCUUGGGCUCGGAGUCUCAAAUAACCUUUUUUAUAGCCCUUAUGAAGAGCUACAAUUGGGUAAAAGAUUCAUGCCAAUAGCUUCACUGGUUUCCAAAAUAUGGCCCUUUGAAAUAUUUGAAAAUCAAAUUUCCAUCUUUGGAAAAAAUCGAAUUUUCAAAUUUUUGGAUUUUGCAAUUUUUGACUUUACCAAUCGAAAGAGAAGGUGAAAAUUAAUGGAAAAGCAUUUUCGCAACUUUGUUUUUUGGGUUUUUGGGCUUGUGAAAAAAUUAAAACCGUUUUUCCACAUUUUGGGUCCAGAAAAUUUCAAUAAUCUGACAUUGUCUCACAAAACUACUCAUUACUCGGUUAUUACUACACAUAUUAUGAUGUAUAAUUAUAUAUUUUGAAUCAGAAUUAAAUUAUCUUUAAGAUAGAAUAAGAUUCAAUUCUUAAUCUCAAAUACUUUUGAAGAUAUUGAGGCUCAAAGUCAAAACUUUGUCUUAAAUUUCACAAAAGAUUCAAAGCUGAUUUUCUUGAAAAUGAAGCCCUUGGUUUCGGAGUCUCAAAUAACGUUUUGUAUAGCCCUUCUGGAAAGCUACAAUUGGGAAAAAGAUUCAUGCCAAUAGCUUCACUGGUUUCCAAAAUAAGGCCCUUUGAAAUAUUUGAAAAUCAAAUUUCCAAGCAUAACCCCUUUGGAAAAAAUUUUUGUACCUACUAACCUCAAAAUAUUUUACAACAAAUUAUAUAUGAAAAUAAAGGCCAAUGUGUAGGUUUUCAAACAAGAUGAUCACAAUUGCAAAAGAACGUUUCACUUCCACUUGUCACGUAAUUGAAAAUUGCACUUUUUUAGAUCAGAUACGUCCAAAAUCGCGUACGUACACUCUUAUGUCCUGUAAAGCCUGGAUUUAUUUCAGAGUCCAGUAGAUACUCACUAAAAGGGCAUCUAGCGCCAUCUGGGGAACGUACACUUGAAAUGCGUUUAAAUUACAUUGAGUGGGCAUAUUAUCAACAUGGGCAUAUAACCUUCCACUACCUUAUAGGAUGCUCUAUAUUUGGUUCUUUAUUCGUAAAGAGUACAAUUUCCAAAAAUGUACAACUCUUAUAUUUUUACCUUUUUUCUACCUGUAAAGGUAAAGGAGGUAGGUGGAGUGUCAAUAUAUAAAAAAGCACCUUGUAAAAAUAAGUGGAUUAUUGUGGAAUUUAUGGUUGAACCUCUGCGCAGCCAUCUACUCACCAAUAUACUGUUGAACUGUUCAAAAAAAAUCACUUACCUGAAACGUGUAGUUUUUGAACUGAUAAGAAAAAUUCAUAACUGUGAGUGGAUCAGGUUAGUAUUGUACUUGAACAACAUAUUGGUGAAUAAAUAGCUGGGUCCACCUAUAAGUUCCGCAACAAUCCACUCGUUUGUACUUGAAUAACUUAUCACAAUAUAUUUCUAGUUUGGUAAAGUAACAUUAUUAAUUUCUGUUGAAAGGCGAAUUAAGAAAAAGUGGAUAAUCUUACAAAUUCUGACUUUAUAUAAUAAGUUAUUUUUCAAGUACAAAUAGGUGGAUUG